AUACCCCCAUACACACCGUCUCUGCAGACCAUUCAGUGGAACACUGCGACACACAGCUCACCAGUUUGGGUACUACUGAAAAAAGGACAAAAUGGCUCAGACAAACCCUAUGCCCAUGGGACCAUGGAAGAUCACUGUGUACGAUCAGGAGUACUUCCAGGGCAGGCGUAUGGAGUUCACCGCCAGCUGCCAGAACAUCAUGGAGUGUGGGAUGGAGAACAUCCGCUCCCUGAAGGUCGAGUGUGGCGCCUGGGUGGGCUAUGAGCACUCCAGCUUCUGCGGCCAGCAGUUUGUUCUGGAGAAGGGAGACUACCCUCGCUUUGAGGCCUACAGUGGCAGCAACUCCUACCGCAUCGAGAGGAUGAUCUCCUUCAGGCCCAUCUGCUGUGCUAACCACAAGGAGUCCCGCAUGACCAUCUUCGAGAUGGAGAACAUGACGGGUCGUCAGUUCGAGCUGUGUGAUGACUACCCCUCUCUGCAGGCCAUGGGCUGGAUGAACAACGAGGUUGGAUCCAUGCACAUUCAGAGUGGAGCCUUUGUGUGCUACCAGUACCCUGGCUACCGUGGCUACCAGUACAUCAUGGAGUGUGACUGUCGCGGAGGAGAGUACAAGUGUUAUCGUGAGUUUGGCUCCCACGCCCAGACUCCCCAGAUUCAGUCAAUCAGGAGGAUCCAGCACUAAGAGGGGAGAGAUUCCUUCAAACUUCCUUAUCUCCUCCUCCUCCUCCUCCUCCCCUCCUCCUCCUCAUCCUCUCCCUCCUCCUGCACUUCCAUCCCUCCUUCUCUUCCUCCUCUCCCCCAACAUCCAUCUCCCCGGCUCCAUUGGUCCGGCUAGUCUAAGCAGGAUCCUGGGCUGGAGUUCAGGUGCUUACUGGUGUCAGUUGUUUAUAGCACUUUUUUUUAAAAAGAAACAUCACAAAAGAAAGGAAAGAUGUAAGAAAGACAGAAAAACAGGAAUGACAGAAUUGAGAGAAAAAGUUGAAUCAGUGUGAAAGAGAGGCCUCAUCUGAGGUUGGCUGCAGAACGGUGAAAACACCUCAAAGUUUUUGCUCUUUUUCAUCUCCACCAUUGAUGGCAUCAUCAUCAUCAUCGUCAUUGUCUUCUACAUCAACACGAUCACCAGUCUUGCUGUUACUGUGUUAUCCAUGACUGCUUAUGUUCAAGACGAUGAAUAAAGAGAAUGAGCAACGAAACAGAGAGAUUCACAA